UCACGGUGGAGCCGGUGGAGGAGGGGCGGUGCAGCGGCGGGGACACAGACCUUCUCCCACAGAGGACAGAGGAACAUCAGCCAUGAAGCUGCUUCCCAUCAACAUCCUGCUGACGCUGGCCAUCUGCCGACUCACCAGCUCAGAAACUGUUGGUCCAACACUGAUGCCACUGACUUCAGCCAGCGCUCUUCCAACGAACUCCAAGAGGGUCCACCUCACAGGUAAGAAUAAAGUUGAGAAUGUUGAGCUGCUGAAUCCUGCCAAUUUGUCGCUGGAGUGCAUCUGGACUGGCAACCAGAACAAACAGCCCAACAUCACUGGUUUCUGGAGAAAAGGCGGAGAGGAAAUUCAGGACAGCCGAGUCCCAGUGGCCCCAGAGAACCAGCAGUACAGACUCCAACGAGUGUUCAACAUUGUGAGUGAGGAACACCUUGGAAAUUACACCUGUGUGUUUGAAAAUGAAGCAGAACUAGACUUUAUCUUGGCAGUGCCGCGGAUCGGCGAGAAAAGAGAGAAGCCCAUCGUCUCCUAUGUGGGUGACUUUGUGGUUCUGACAUGCAAGAUGGAGGAAACAAAACCAGUGCCAAGGACCUGGAACUGGUUUAAGAUCAAUGGCACCGAUAAGGAGCAGCUAUUCGAAGCUCAACGCUACGACAUCACCGUCAUUGGGCACAAAACGAAGCUGAAGGUGAAGGACGUGAGCGAAGCCGACUCUGGAGUGUAUCACUGCGCCGCCGUGUACAACAUCAGCACCAGCACCAGCAAACUGCACCUGAAGGUAAUUACCAUCUGGGAGCCAUUGAAGCCUUUCUUAGGCAUCCUGGUUGAAGUUGUCAUCUUGGUUACUGUGAUUCUCAUCUAUGAGAGGAGUCAUUCCAAGAAAAAGGAAGCAGAAGCUAAUGGUCUGAAUGCAGACCCAAAGAACACACAGCCACAGGGUGAAGAUGAGGAAGCUGAGGAACGUACCUCAGUUAGACAGCGCAAAACCUAAAGGACGUCUGCAGCAGCAAAUUCAAGCAUCUAUUAAAUUAUUUUAUUUUUGAAUGUGAAGAGCUUCUAUAGAAAUAUAUAAACAACUAUAUUUUGUAAAUGUUUUAGUCCUUAACACCAGCUAAGUGCAAUCAUCACCAUCUAAUCAACUAAUACACACGAAAGCUUUCUGUUUUGACGUUCACUGGCCAACAUGUUUCCUGUUGUCACCAACGGCUGAAGGAGUAAAGCAUUUCACAUUUCUCUCCCUCCGGCUCUGCGUUUCAAACUGAGGUUGCCUUCACACGUUUCCGGUGUAGCGUCUGUCACAAAAGGAAGCCCGUGUUUUUUUUUUUUUUUUAGCUUGAAAACCCCCGCCCUACAUUUGCAGCUGUGAUGUAAUGAGUUGUGGUUUGGUUGCAGUGCCUUAAUUAUCUCAAAAAGCAACUGACUAGCUGCGUUUUCAUGGAAAAUGUACGCUAAUAUUUGUCGAUAUUCUGCUAAUGUCGAAGAACAUUUUGAAAUUGAAAUUAAAAUCACACGUGAAUAGGCUUGUUCACGCGAUAAGUCAUUAAAAAUAAUGUCAGCGACGGAUGUGAACAGUUACAUGAGAUUCAUAAUUUAGCGAUGGCGCUAGCUAGCGCCUAUCAUCUAUCAGAGGAAACGUUCAGACGUUUGAGUGAUUACAUAUGUGGCGUUUUGGGAAAAUUGUAGAUUUCGAUUUUCCAUAAGAGUUGUGGAUUCAACAAUUUUGAAUGACACACCACUUUUUAUGAACUGUACAACUCUGAGAGCCCAGGUGGAAUCAAUUGCACAUUGUCCGAAAAAAAAAA